AGAGCUCCAAGGAGUCGCUCCUCCCGCCUUCGAGUGCAAAUCGAGAAUAAUGGCGGAGGCACAUACUAUCGCCGGAGAUUCGAGAUGGUCUCUCGCCGGAAUGACCGCUCUCGUCACCGGCGGCACUCGUGGCAUCGGGCAUGCAAUCGUCGAAGAAUUAGCCGCAUUAGGGGCGUCCGUCCACACCUGCUCCGGAACGAAACCGACCUCAAUCGCUGCGUGCAGGAAUGGACCGCCAAAGGCUUUGCCGUCACCGGUUCUGUCUGCGACGUGUCCUCUCGGCCAAAUCGAGAGCAGUUGGUGCAGAAGGUUUCCUCUGUCUUCAACGGCAAGCUCGACAUCCUCAUAAACAAUGCCGGCACAAGCCUGUGGAAGCCAACCACGCAGUUCACUGCCGAAGAUUACUCGAUGAUUAUGGCUACUAACGUUGAAUCUGUCUAUAAUUUGUGUCAACUUGCACAUCCUCUCCUGAAAGCCUCUGCUCGUGGAAGCAUUGUGUUGAUUUCCUCUGUUGGUGGUUUGCUGCACACAGGUUCAUCCCUAUACGGAACGAGCAAAGGUGGGAGAACUAUCCAUCAAUAUAUCUUCGUCUCAGUCGCAGAGAAAUUGAUUUAUUUUGUGAUGUUAUCAUUUUUUGGCGCAUAUUUGCUGCCGCUGACAGGUGCUGUGAAUCAGCUGACGAAAAAUUUGGCUUGUGAGUGGGCGAAAGAUAAGAUACGGUGCAACUGCGUUACGCCUUUCUACAUCAGAACCCCACUCAUAGAACCUAUGCUGGUUAAACAAGAGCUUCUGGAAAAGGUGAAAGCUAGAACCCCUCUCGAACGCCCUGGUGAGCCAAAAGAAGUAUCGUCCCUGGUUGCGUUCCUCUGUAUGCCGGCUUCAUCUUACAUCACCGGCCAGAUUAUCUCUGUUGACGGAGGAAUGACUGCGUAUGGUUUCUCACCAUUUUAG